UAAUCAACCAUAGAUAGUGAUGUCAUACAAAUUUAAUUGAACCAAACAAGAGAAAGCCAGUCCAUUUCUUAUUCGAACAUUAUUAAAGGGAGCUGGCAACAAUAUCGUUAGCACAAAGCUUCAUCGCCAUCAUCACCAAUAAGCAACAAACCCAACUCACAAACCACCAGAGAGGAGAGGACUGGACUGGACUGGACCCAAGCACCAAACCGGCCGCCUUCCUCUCAUUCCCCAAUCGCCCCGCCUCUCGUCGGAGCUCCGAACCCUAAACAACACCCUUCACCGGCCGCGGCUCCCAGGCGGCCGGGGGUGAUGGACGACGUCAGCGGCGGUGCACCGGGCAGUGCGUGCCCCAAGAACAAGAAGCCCCGGCACUUGUCCCGAUCGCUGACCUACCACCACCACCACCCGUACCAGGGGCGCCACCUGCCGCCUCCACCGUCCCCGGCGCCCACCCCGCCGCAGCGCCCGCAGUCGGUGGUCCUCUACACGACGUCGCUCCGCGGCGUGCGCCGCACGUUUGCGGACUGCUGCGCGGUGCGCGCCGCGCUGCGGGGGCUCCGCGUCGCCGUGGACGAGCGCGACGUCUCCAUGGACGCCGCGCUCCGGCGGGAGCUCCAGGGGGUCCUCGCCGCCCGGGGCCGCGGGUUCUCGCUCCCGCAGCUCCUGGUCGGGGGCGUGCUCGUCGGCGGCGCCGACGAGGUCCGCCGGCUGCACGAGUCCGGCGAGCUCCGCCGCAUCCUCGAGGGCGCACCCGGGCAGGACCCCGCCUUCGUCUGCGGUGCCUGCGGUGGGUUCCGGUUCGCGCCCUGCCCCGCCUGCGACGGCUCGCGCAAGGUGUUCGUGGAGGAAGAGGGGCGACCCCGCCGCUGCAUAGAGUGCAAUGAGAACGGCUUGGUACGCUGCCCCAAUUGCUGUUCUUGAUAGCUUGUUUGGCAUAUACACUUUUCAUGCUAAAUUGUUAAUAGUAGUAUAUACAAGAACUUAAGGAUUGCUUGAUUAGAGGUAGUGGAGAGAGGGAAGGAGCCUUCCAUGUGUUCUUGGGCUCCUGUAUAUUGUGCACACAGUUGGAGAAUGGGGUAUAUAUUGGGUAUGCCAUCAGUGUUUUGAAAGAAUAGUGAAUGGGUUCUUGGCCUUGAAGUUGUCACAUCUGGAGUACUAUUGAUAGUGCCUGGCGGUUAAGGUGCCAUCUCAUAGUACUUCAUGUAUACAAAUGUGUAUUGAUAAACCUUCAUGUCAUGGAAGAAGGCCCAAAGCCAAAGGGUUAGAGAUUUAGAGGUUGUACUACACAGAGGCAACAAAAGAUGGAGCCUUCCUCGAUUCUAGCCUGUUGUAUGUUGUAAAUCUUGUGAUCUGGCCCUAUAGUUGUGAAAUCUGCAGGGAGACACUCACAAUAUGGCUUCUCAUGUAUAUUUGUGCUUGUAUUAAAAAAUGUAUAUUGUACAUUCAUAACCGGCGUGGGUUUGAUCAAUAUAAGUAAUGGAGAUUGUGUGCUAAA